AUGCCGGUCUCGGAACAAACCAGUCAUAGUUUCAAUGAUCUUCGCAAUCUUCCAUCUGAUGGAAGAGUUAUCGACGCAGACGAAGCGCCACUAAUGCAGAUGGCCUCAAAGGGUAACGGGUACCCAGAAACGUACCUCGCGCUAAGGAGAAAGCAAAAUCGAGGUGCUCGAGCCGUCAUUCAAGAUCACGUGAAUAGUGUAUCAGAACCAGUGAGUGCUAUGACUUCGUCGUCAAAAGAACCGUCGUUGCACUUUCUCGCUCCUGAUGGUUCUCCGGUGAACCCACCACGUGCUCUGACUUUAAGUGGAGGAGUCACCGAAGUAGGCAGCGAUAGAGCGUUGGCCCAAUUUUCGGCUCAGAAUAUUUGCCUCGAUGGUGCAGAAAUGCGCGGAAGGCAUUGUGUGAUCACGUAUAUGGACGGAAUAGUUACAAUUACCCCAAGUUCUGCGGAUGCGAUCAUUGAGGUUAGCAGUUGA